AUUGAAUGAUUUGAAAUCGUCUCGUCUGGGCUGCAACAAAGGCAAUAUUUUUGUAUUAUUGUCGCGUGAAUAAAAACAAACGAAAUACUCCAAAAAAAUAUAAAGUAAUAUUUCGAAUAAAUUAAAUAUUAAACUGUUAAAUGUUUCUAAAAAAAUAAAAUUAAAUAUAAAAGAAAAGUGAAAUAAAAUGAAUCGGAGUUACGGGUCAUGCAGCAAAGUGAAAAGUUGAUAAGAGAUCGCAUAUUGUUCCAUUUUCUUGUAAUUACACUAACUACAUAUUUUCCUAGAAGCAUAAAAGGAAAAUGGUGAGACAUUAUAACUUAAAGAUUUCAGGAAAAAGUGGUAAUAUUAGUUUAUUUUAAGUCCUUGUUUAAUUAAUUUGAUUCGUCGGAGGGAAUUACAACACAUAUGUAGAUCGUUUCUUCUGUGAACACAAAUCAAAUCAACGAAUGCAAACCCAUUUUCUUAACGCUAUAAAAACCCUUUGGAAUAGACGCAGUAAAGUGAUAUAAAAACACAAUUUCAUUCAUUAUUUUAAGAAACAAAAGAAUUAAAAGAAGAGUAAACAAAAACAAAUUUUAAAGAAAAUUUAACUAAAAUAAAAAAAAUAAAAACAUCAAGCCUUGCCUCUUCACAUACCUAAAACCUAUUUGUAUGUUUAUGUAUAUAAAACCACGCUAUUAUAAACUUUUUUUUAAGUUAAAUCUGAAAGCACACGAGCGUUGUUGUGCUAUCAAAAUAUCAGCAAGUAAUAAUAAUAACAAAAACAACACAAUACAACAAAAAUAAGUGCAAAUGAUUAGUUUUAUUUCGUAAUAUAAAAUUUUUUUAGUACGUAUAUUGAUUUCCCGAAUUUUCGAGUCCGUGAAACAAAAACAAAUCAAAACAACGCAAUCAUGUUGUACGUAUUUCAUGUCGAUAUGGGAAGGAUGUUGAAGUUCGAUAUGAAUGUCGCAUUGUCAAGUGUAUCCAAUUUAAAAGACACAAUAGAACGUCUUCAUGGAAUAUCGGCGCAAAAUAUAGUAUUACUAGUUAGUGGCGGCGAAGUGCUAACCAAAUCCACACAGGUAUCGUUUUAUUCAGCGGGGACGGAUACAAAUCCUAUUUACAUGUUCCUGAUAGGAGAUGUAAAACUACCACCUGCCAUUGCCGCAUUAGAAAAUGAUAUAGAUCUUAACGAUCAGGUAGAACGUUGUCUAACGUUACCAGCUGUUUAUGAAACAGUAGUUACUAGAGCACAAUUAGCACAGCAGAUGUACGAAUUGGCACGCGAAGAAGAUAAUAUAUGUGAGCGUUUGGUCCAUGAACAACAUCUUCAACAACAAGGCUGGUCUGCUGUUGUUGCCAAUAUGGAAGAUUUGACAGAAGAAUUUCGUCAACGCUUUAGAAACUUUUGUCAGACUUUCGAUCGACAUUUAGAAAAACGCGCAACGUAUAUAGAACUUUUAAAUUAUUUCUCCGACGACUUGUCCAAGUUGUCACGAAUUCCAAUUUUACCGGGAUUAAUGCAAAUGGCCCAGGAGGAUUUUCAUGGAUUCGAUGAGUUACUGGGCAAUGAUGAAGUAUUCUCAAGAUCUCAACAAAAUGUGUCUGUAUUGAUGGCUGGUGAUCCACAAAGUUCGGCUAGCCAACAACGUCUCGAUUCAAUAGAGUCGCAGGACGACGAAAAACGUGAUAGUACAUCGCCUAAUAAAAAACCCAAAAUGGGGAGUGACGAUGACAAAGGAGAUGCACUGAGCAUUACUAGUGGCGGUAGUGGCACACGAAGAACUCUCACUCUUUUGCAAUGGAUCUCUGCCAAGGAAAAUCACAAUAAACUUACAGAGAUGUCCGAAGAGUGCAUACAAGGUUUAAAUACAUUCGAUGAAGCAGUUUACGAAAAACUAAAAGAAGAAGUCAAUCACAUAAUAAAAAGUGCGGACCAGAGUGAUAUGAAGGAGGUCAAAGGAUUAAGUGAACGUCUAUGUAAAUUGGAAGAAAUAAAGUACAAAAUCAAGAAUAUGGUGCAGGACCAGAAGGAACUGUCAACUGCUUUCCAACAAAACCAAAACCGUGCAAUCAAUCUUAGAGAUGCCUCAAUACUUCCGGAUCUUUGUGCCUCCCACAGAAGUCAGCUGCUGGUUAUGUUACAGAAUCAUCAAAAAAUUCGAGAACUCCGUCGUUGUAUAUCAAGAGCUAAGGAAGAGUUAGGUUCAAAUUUGCACACACGACUAAAACGUAUUAUUGUUUUGGAAAAUAAAAUGAGUGAAUUCGAUAAUAAACAACUUUUUUACCAUCGUUGUUUAAGACGGGCAGAACGUCAUAUUAGUAUAAUUGAACAAAUUCACCAGGCUCCAUGUAUAUAUGUGGCUGCUGUAACCGAAGUUAUUCGUAGGAAAAUUUUCUCUGGUGAAUUCCGUCAAUGGGCGUCCAGACUAGCUGAGGAUUUCGACUCCAUACACAAUGAGGAGAUAAAUCGCAGACGGAAUUUCAACGCUAGUUUCCAGGGACAUUUCUUGAACAUUCUUUUUCCUGGAAUGAAUGAUAUGCCACCAGCGUUCGCCAAUGAAAAUCCAUUAAUUUUCGAUGCUAGGCUCCCAAAUUUAACAAAAAGUGAUAUUGAUAUUUUAACUUCUUAUCUACCGGAUCUUACCCAUCACAUUCAACUGCCGGAUAUGGGCCCUGUUAUAAAUUUUUUUAUUUCAAGAUCUGGAAACCACAACUCCAAUGUCAAAAGUUCCUCCAGCUCAACAACUAAUAAAGUUAUACAAACCAAUUUAAUUGGACCCAUAAAUGUACAUCAUCAGCGAGUACUUGACAUACAAUCUCAAUCAAAAGAUGGCGAAUCAGAAACCGAUACGGAAGAAUUUGAAAAAGUCAUCCAACCCGAAAUGAGUCCAACAGAGAAUAACGCUCCCCAAUCUGCCAGUGAUAAUGUUUACCAAGUAGCCCAUAUAGCGACGUCUACAGAUACCCCGCAAACGCAUACUGUGGAAACUUUAACCGAGGAAAACCUCGGAUCAACUCGUCUGGAGGUCGAACGCCUUAAAUCUAUUUUAAAAGCGAUGUCUGAAGUAUCGCAAGAAUGUAUUAAACUAGCGCGUGUUAAUUUUCAACAGUUCAAAUCCGACCAGGAAAACUAUCAAAUUGAUUUGCGUUGUGAAUUCCAAAAUAUCUCUGAAAAAUGGCAGCUAGUUCAGAUGCAAUAUGAAUCUCGUGAACAAGAUAUAAUCGAAAUGGCAGCUAAACAUAGAACAGAGUUGAAUAGCCUCGAGAUGGCAAUCAGUGUGAAAGAUAAAGAAAUUCUCGAUUUAAAAAAUGAACAACAACAAAAGGACAUAAUCAAUGCUGAGAAAGUCUUACAGCUAGAAACAAAAUGCACAGAUUUGGAAGAAAAUUAUAAAUUGCUAGAGCAACAAAUGGAAUCUUUGAAUAAAAGUUUACUGGCCGCCAAUGCUGAGAAAGAACGAGCUGUUAUGGAAGUUCGGGAUAAACUUACUCAUGACCAUAAAACCGAAAUCGAAUCACUUCGAUGUCGUUAUAAGUUAAUGACUAGUAUGGAACGUUCGCCGUCGGACACAAGUUUAGAGAAGAUUGAAAAGCCCAUAGACAUGAUUGAACUUGCGUGCCACGAGUCCAUUGUAUCACAAAUUCGUGAGGAUUUGCGUGCGGAGAAAGAGGAAGCUGUUAAAAAGGCUGUUGAUUGUGAACGAUCCAUUUGGGAGGCCAAAGCAAUCGCAUUGCCUAAGAGUUUGAAUGAAAACACUGACAAUAAUGUGAGUGUGUUGAAAAUGAUGCUAGAUGAUAAAGAAAAAUAUAUAGACAUGUUGAGAGAGAAAAAUGUAAUGCUUACCCAAGACAAUAUGGAUCUAAAAACAAAAUUAACUAUUUUGACUAACGAAGAGGUAAACAGUUGGCUUAAGGAAAAAGUAGAAUUUUUGAAUCGAGAAAAAAUACGUAUGGAGGAAGAAUUGAAUAUGGAAAAAUCACGUAGAACUGAAAUGGAACAAUCUUUUGCUGAGCUUAGAGGAUCGGCUAUGGAAGCUAGCACUUUGCCACGAUCCAAGUCCAGUGGAUCAAACCAUCGUUAUGUUGUACUUGAAUCUUGUUCAAAAGGUGACAUUGUAUUUGUUGUUUGGAGUAUGCGACAUUAUCAAUUUAUGGUCGUACAAGAUUCAUCUAGUUUGUACUUUGUGCAUGGAGAUAGUUUAAGUGCACUAAAUUUGCGCCUCCCAGGACCUGGCGAGCUGGAGAUACCAUCACCAUUUUACGCCUUAGGAAGAGUUGUAAAUAAAGAAUACUGUCAAGCUAGAAAGGAUGAAAAUCGUUAUAGAGUUAAUAGAGGCUCUAAGUUUUAUCGCAUAAAACUUGAAGCUCUUUCUCGUAAUGAAUCUAAAUGGACUGGCGGCAGACGGGAACGUCUUGAAUCGUCGUCUUCAAACGUAUCUAUUAAUCGUUCGCUUUCCCAAAACGAUUCAAGUGAUCCAUCAUCUUUGACACAUCUGAGUAUUCUGCGUCAAGCGCCAUCGCCACAUGAUACUGUUGAUUUGGGCUGCAAUGCAGGACUUAAAGAGCGUACCAUUAGUAUAACUAGCGUCACUGAAGAAGAUGACGAACCAAUUUCACUUCUUAGCGAACGUUGCCGCUAUAUUAGUGUCAGCGAAGAAGAAGAAACUAAUCGAUCUGUGAUAACAGAGCAACCAACCGCUUCAUACUUUCCCCCGAUGGAUAAUUCAUCUGCUUCCUUCCCAACGACUUCUGCUAACACUACUGUCAUCGCAGUUGCCACCGCAUCUACCCCAAAAACUUCAACAACUACAACCACAACAACUGCCAGCCGCAGUCCAAUACCAAUUCAAAUAUUAGCCAACAUUGGUAGUUGCUCGUUGGAAAAAGAUACCGAUGAUUCCGAUGAAUAUCGCUCUCUCGAAGCUAAAGACGAAAGCGAAUUUCCUCCCAUGUCUCAAGAUUAAUGAUAAUUGUUAAACUACAACAUUUAAUUUAAUUAUCUAGCUUAACGUAGUUUUAACUUCUAGCACCUAGGUGAUUUCUUAAAUUUUUGUUUUCUUAUAAUUUUUGAUCUUCUUAAAAACAAGAAAAAAAAAAAAAACAACCACGAUUUAGAUUUAAGGAUUAAUGUAAUAUUACAUUAAAAAGAAAAUAUUAUUUUUUUUAUAAAUUCGACUUUAUAUGACUUGAAGAAAAACAAUCCGUUUACUAAAACAAAAAAAUAUUUGAUUGGAUGAGAGAUUAUGGUAUAUUUAAAAGAAAAAUCAAGAGACAUUUUAUUUUCUCUUUGGACAUAAUAAUGUAUGAUGUGCAUCGAUAAUUUGUUGUAUGCUUAAAAGAGUGCGUGACAUAAUGUGUUGUUUAUUCCCUUGUUCCAUUAAAAUGCUUUGUUUAUAGUAAUAAGGGGUUUUCAAUAAGUAAAUGAACACAAAUCAGCUAGAAAGACUACAUAUACGAAUGGGUUUCGCUUCGAUUUAUUUACCAAUUCGGGUUUACCUAUCCCAAAUAAAAAUGCUGUAUAAAUGAAUAAGUUUUUUUUAUAUAUUUUCUGAGUGAACAUUUGCCUACUGAUUUCCAUGUGUUCCAAACAAUAUUUAUAUUUAUUCAAUUAAACUAUUCAUUUCAUCGAAACCUAUUAAGAGAAAAAUAAACCAAUGUCAUAACAAAAAUGUAUCAAUGUUUAGCCAAUUUUAGGCCUAUUGAAUGACCCUUAAAUCCUUACAUGACUUUCAUAAAAUUACACUGCCUAGACAUUUUUAUUUUUGUUUUGUUUGGUAUUGUUUUUGAUUUCAAAUUUCAUUUGCAAAACAAAAUUCUUUUUCAGAAUAACGCUGAAAACUCAACCGGUCACCGGAUCGGAUUAUUUACUCUAAUCGAACCACUUAUAGCUCCUAUUCAAAUGACCAUGGACGGCGCUAUUCAUUGAAAUCAAUUACACAGCUUAAUUAAGUAGUCUACUUCUUUUAAAUAAUUAAAUGGUUUUCGUUUUUCAAACAAAGCAGGAACUAAUAACUAGGUAUACAAAAUCAUCUUUUUCGCUUUCAACUCGUGGUAACAAAAAAUAAACAAAACAUUUAUCUUCUUUUGUUUUAAUGUAGCAAGAGUGUUGUUUAAUAAAAAAAAAUUAAAAUGAACAAGCUACUAAAAUAAAAAAAUAUAAAAUGAUUUUUCUUUUCACAGAGCUUUAACACUAAACAAAAACAAAACAAAGGAAUAUAUCUUUCACCCAUAAAGCUAUGUAUAGACCUUUUUCUAAGUAAACGCUUUCUAGAGUACUUUAUAAAAUAUACUAGUACAUAAUAUAUUUUGAGAAUAACGUUACGUAGAUUUUUUCUUCUAAGUUCACUGGAAAAUAGGCAAUGCAAUUUUAAUUACAAAAAAAAAAAAAAACAAUAUAAGAAUAGUUUAAUAAAAAAUGCAUACAAAUAUAAUAUGCUGUUAAUAACAAAAAACAUACAUUUAUAUAAAGCAUAAUAAAUUGUGAUAUAUUGAUUGAUUUAUGGAAUGAAUGAAAUAUUUUUUCGAAUGGUUAUGAUGCAAAUUAAUUUUACAUAAACUAAAACAAAAAAACGGAUAUAAAUGGAAAUAUUUUAUGUAUUUAUUUUUGUGACUGGCAAAGGGUCGGGACUGAAUUUAAAAUAAAAUUUAACGGUAAAAAAAAAAACAGUUAAAAGAAAAAAUUUAAGCAAAAUGCAAUAUUUUUUUUUGCAUUUUGUUUGUAAAUCAUUAUUUUGCGAGAGUGUCACCUGCAUGUUUGUUAUGCAGGGACACAAAAUUAAGUCGUCAAUGUGGGGUUUUUAAAUCUUUUUUAAAAAUUGACUCAAAAUGAGAAGAAUCAUACAUCAUGCAGUUUUGUCUGAAUUACUUGAGCAAAACAUGUUGUAAAUUAUAUAUAAAUGUAUUCAUAAUAAAUACUUUAAUAGAGAUGUAACAAUAUUUAAAACAAAACAACACAAAAAAUGAAAACCAUUAAGUGAUGAUAAACGAUUUUUUUAAUAAACUAAAUAAAAAUAAAUUUUAAUGAUUUGUUUGUA